AUGAUUGAUGCAGUAAAUGCGACGAGAGCUCUCUCCCUCCUCUCUCGCCCUGACGACCUCCCCCUUGCUCCCUCUCGCCCUGCUGAUAUCCCUUUUGCUCCUCCUUCUCACGAUCCCAGCUUCGUUUCCACUAUUCGUUCCCUGAAACGCCCCCUCAAGGACCGCGAGGCCCUCCUCGAGUGCCGCAACCGCGACUUCUUCUCCGUCCUCACUGCCUCCACCCGCCGCCAGGAGGAGCGCCAGCGGCUCGAUUCGCAGCAGCGCAAGGACGGCCUCGUCGCUAAAUCUCGCAUCUUGGGCUCUGACACUGGUUAUGCUGACGAUGCCGGUGGCUACGACGCCACGCCGCGGCCUAAGAUGUUGCAUCUCAAGGGAAGUAAGGUUGGGGAGGGCGUUCCGAUCAUUCUGGUGCCUAGCGCCUCCCAAACUUUGAUUACGAUCUAUAAUGUGAAGGAGUUUCUUGAAGAUGGGGUGUUUGUGCCGUCUGAUGUGAAGGUGAAGCAGUCGGCCGGAGAGAAGAAGCCAGAGUUUGUGACUGUGAGGAAGAAGUUCAGUAGGGAUCAGGUGGUAGCGGCUUAUGAAGUUAGGGACAAGCCUUCAGUGCUUAAGCCGGAGGAUUGGGACCGGGUGGUUGCUGUGUUUGUUCUGGGGAAUGAGUGGCAGUUCAAGGACUGGCCUUUUAAGGAUCAUGUGGAGAUUUUCAACAAGAUCAUUGGUUUUUAUGUGCGCUUUGAGGAUGACAGUAUAGAAUCUGCAAAGAUGGUGAAACAAUGGAAUGUGAAGAUCAUCUCGAUUAGCAAGAACAAGAGGCACCAAGACAGAGCUGCAGCGCUUGAGGUUUGGAACCGGCUAGAAGAAUUUAUGCGGUCACGCUCACAUACAUGAAGUUUUUUGUCCAUAACAAUGUUGUAAGCUCUUUUUUUUUUUUUAAUUGUUAUUGUUAUCUGGUUUGUUCUUCUGGGUUCUAAACAAUGUUGAGGUGAAGAUUUCAGUCAAAAGCUUUAUUCAAAUAUACUUUUUUUUUACAUCA